GCGAUUCACCGGCUAAAGGAAUUUCAGCAUCGCAAUGCUACAGAUGAAUUCAAAUCUAUCGCGAAAUCGGAAGCCAUAGUCCAGAUAUUCUAUUUGCUACCUGUUGAAAGUGAGGGCGAUUGUUCGGAGCUGACGGUCGAUGUAUCUUAUCGAUAAGCCAGGCCCCUUGGGGGGGCUCUGAUCAUGGGGAUAAGGACGCGAUAAGCAGGGCACUUUACGCGACUUUCGGAACGCGUCGAGACGCGUCCCACUGCGUCUGGUCUGCAGAUUGCUGUUCACGCUGAAAGAUCGUCACCAACUGACAUCUCUUGCAAAUCGUCAAGUCAUAUUUUCAAAUCAGAGAUGCCACACUCCACCGAUAUGCAAGCCAGCUCACCCCCACGAGCUGUGAAGGAUGAGCCUAUGGAGGACGAAGCGGCCAUGCCUGCUCAUGUCGCCAACCCAGCCGUAGACGACGAUGCCGAGAUGGAACAGACAGAAGAGACUGCCACAGCAACAGCUUCACAAGGCGACAAGGAAAUCAAGAAAGAUGUCAAACUCCAAGACCUCUUUGAUGACGACGACGACUCGGAUAUCGAGGUGGACGACAGCAUAUUCACACCAACCAAUGUGGCCAAUCUCAAAGCGUCCGACCCCGAAAUCAUGCGACAGUUCUACCAGCGUCUCUUCCCGUGGCGUCUGCUCUUCCAAUGGCUGAACCACAGCCCAACGCCUACCAACGAUUUUGGCAACCGAGAGUUCGCCUUUACACUCCAGAAUGACGCCUACUUGCGAUACCAGUCCUUUGCGACUGCGGAUCUCCUCCGGAAAGACGUCCUGCGCCUCAUGCCCUCCCGUUUCGAAAUCGGACCCGUCUACAGCGCCAACCCGCGCGACCGCAAGCAACUCGGCAAGACAUCCGCCUUCCGGCCGCUGGCCAAGGAGCUCUGCUUCGAUAUCGAUUUGACCGACUACGACGACGUGCGCACGUGCUGCGACAAGGCAAACAUCUGCAACAAGUGCUGGCAGUUUAUGACCAUGGCGAUCAAGGUGGUCGAUGCCGCACUGAGGGAGGACUAUGGGUUCCAGCACAUCAUGUGGGUGUACUCGGGACGAAGAGGUGCUCACGCGUGGGUGUGCGACAAGAAGGUCCGGUCAAUGGACGACCAGAAGAGGAGGGCCAUCGCUGGAUACCUGGAGGUGGUCAAGGGCGGCGCACAGAGUGGGAAGAGGGUCAACCUGUGGCGGCCGCUGCACCCUCACCUUGCUCGAAGUCUUGAUAUCCUCAAGGAGCAUUUCCAGCAAGAUGUGCUAGAGUCACAAGACCCCUGGGACACCACAGAACGCGCCGAACGCCUUCUUGGGCUCCUCCCCGACCAAACGCUCAGAGACUCGCUCCGUAGCAAAUGGGACGCAGCACCAGGACGGUCGUCCAUGUCAAAAUGGGCCGACAUUGACGCCAUUUUCAAGAGCGGUGCCGCCAGUAAGAAGUUCGACGGAAAGGCGCUACUCGAAGCCAAGCAGGACAUCGUCCUCGAGUACACAUAUCCUCGUCUCGAUAUUGAGGUCAGCAAGAAGCUGAACCAUUUGCUCAAAAGUCCGUUUGUCGUGCACCCCGGCACCGGCCGCGUGUGUGUGCCGAUCGACCUCAAGGCACUGGAGGAUUUUGACCCGUUGGAAGUGCCCACGGUGCAAGGUCUGCUGGCGGAGAUUGACGCCUACCAAGGGGCUGAGGGCGAAGAGGAGAAGAAGGGCGUCGCGGACUGGGAGAAGACGAGCCUGAAGCCGUACAUUGACCAGUUCAGGUUAUUCGUCAACGGCAUCAUGAAGGAUGAAAAGGCAACGGCUGUCAAGAGGGAGAGAGAGGAUGAGUCGAUGGAAUUCUGAUCUUAUGACCUUGUACGAGGACGGACAAUGACAUGUUG